AACAGGAAAAAAGGGCAUUGGCCACUCACUUUCAAUGGGAAAUUGGCGGGAUCAUCUGGCAGGCAGUGUCUUUUGCAAAGAGAGGAAUGUGCUGCAGCAGCCGGUGAAAGAGAGGCAGCCCUCUCGGUUUCCCGGCCCUACGCCGGGUGGACACGACCACUGGCUUCUCGGGAGGGCGAUUUUUGCCGGCGGUGAUGGCGAGAGGGAGUUGGCUGCUUGGAACGGCACGAUGAAGAGGGAAAUGCAUACCGUGCAGGUGCGGCUUCGAGACCGUCGCUGGUGAACUUGGGAUUUGGGGUCCGUUUCUCCCCAUGCACAACAGCCGGCUGCCUGAACCAAAGCCCUGAAUGGUGGCUUUGUCCCAAAUCCUCAGCGUAUGGAAUCUGAGGGCUGUUUACCUUUAAGAGUGGGAUCUCUGGGGAUGUGGAGCCCAACUGGAAUUCCCAACUCCGCUUCCCGGCUGGAGCCUUCCACGGCCCACGAGUCUCGCAGCCAAGCAGGUGCCGAGGAAGUUUUUGAACACUGGGCGAACGCGCAGAAUUUGGCUUAUAUUUUGGCAAGGUCUACAGCCACAAUCAGCAGACCACGGCAUUUAGACAUCCUGUGACUGGGCAGAUUUCUCCCGAAAACCUUGAAUUCAUCCUGCAAGAAGAGCAGAAUUCACACAUGUCUAAGCAAGAGACAAACCAAAGGCCCUCCAGCAUGGUCAGCGAAACAUCCACUGCCGGAACCGCGUCCACCCUGGAUAUGAAGCCCGGGCCCAAGGUCCUUAAGUACAGCAGCAGCAAAGUUCACAGCUUUGGGAAGAGAGACCAGGCCAUCCGAAGGAACCCAAAUACCCCGGUCGUGGUGAGGGGAUGGCUGCACAAACAGGAUAGCACUGGAAUGAGGCUAUGGAAGAGGAGAUGGUUUGUGCUUGCUGACUAUUGUUUAUUUUACUACAAAGACAGUCGAGAAGAAAACGUUUUGGGUAGCAUACCUUUGCCCAGUUAUGUCAUCUCUCCAGUUACACCGGAAGACCGUAUAAACCGCAAGUAUUCCUUUAAGGCGGUCCACGACGGGAUGCGGGCGCACAUCCCUAACAGCUCUGUGAUUGGCUCCCAGGCCGAGCACUCGGGGAUGCGCACCUACUACUUCAGCGCGGACACGCAGGAAGACAUGAACGUCUGGGUCCGGGCCAUGAACCAGGCGGCGCUGGUGCAGUCUCGCACGGCGCUCAAGAGGGAGGCGGAGAAAGCGGAGCGGCCGAUGAUCUCCCAAGCGAACCACAAGGCAGUGCCCUGCCGGGCCGACCCCCAGCGGGCAGACGACACCUUUGGCUUCGAGCGUCGGGAAGAGCUGAGGCGAGAGUGGGAGUUCGAGGAUCGCUAUGGCUUCAAGAGAGACCAGGCGGAGGGCAGGAGGGAGCGGAGCAAGUCCCGGCCCCCGUGCCCCCUGCCCGAGGAGGACGCGGUGUUCGGGGACCCCCCGGGUCCUUCAAGGGCCCAGCGGCCGGAGAAGAACGGCCUUCUGCCCUCUGAGCAGAACGGCACUGGAGGGUACAAGAGGGCGUAUGCGGGCAGGGCCCCCGCCGAGAAGCACAGCCAGCGGCAGAGCAGCCUGGCGCAGGUCGAGCACUGGGUCAAAGUGCAGAAAGGGGACACAAAGAGCCUCGCCUCGGAGCAGACCCUCCCCCGCCAGGGCCCCAGCCAGUCCCUGUCCUUCCCGGACCCGUACCACAGCUUGCCCCAGCAGAAGAACGGCAGCCGGCAGGUGUCGGGCAGCUCCCUGGGCCCGCUGCAGAGCCUGCCCGGCGACUACAAGUACGCCCAGGACCGCACGAGCCACCUGAAGAUGUCCCGCGAGGAGCGGCGGGCCCACAGGGACGACACCGUCUGGCAGCUCUACGAGUGGCAGCAGCGCCAGCAGUUCCGGCACGGCAGCCCCACCGCCCCCGUCUUCGCCGCCUCCGCCUCCCCGGACCUUGCCGGCCACGGCCGGAGCAGGAGCCUGCUGGAGGUGCCCCGCUCCAUCUCCGUGCCCCCGUCCCCCUCGGACGGCCCCCCGCCUGGGCCCCCCAGGGCCUUCCUCCCCCGGCGGCCGCACACGCCGGCCGAGCGGGUCACGGUGAAGCCUCUCGACGAGGAGCUGGGGCCCGAAGCCUCCCUGGCGGGCUCUCCCAGAAAGAUGCGCGGCCACAUGGUCAAGAACUCCUCUCACGUGGACAGGCGCUCCAUGCCCUCCUUGGGGUACAUGACCCACACGGUCAGUGCCCCCAGCCUCCACGGGAAAUCGGCGGAUGACACCUACAUUCAGCUGAAGAAAGACCUGGAGUAUCUGGAUCUAAAAAUGACAGGGAGAGACACCCUCAAGGAGCGGAGUUUAAAACCUGUGAAGAUUGCCGAGAGCGACAUUGAUGUCAAACUAAGUGUUUUCUGUGAGCAAGAUAGAAUCCUGCAGGACUUGGAGGACAAGAUCAGGGCUCUGAAGGAGAACAAAGACCAGCUGGAGUCUGUGUUGGAGGUUUUGCACAGGCAGAUGGAGCAGUACAAAGACCAGCCCCAGCACUCCGAAAAAAUCUCUUACCAGCAGAGGCUCCUCCAGGAGGACCUGGUGCACAUCCGAGCUGAAAUAUCCAAAGUUUCGACGGAAAUGGAAAAUGCCUGGAAUGAAUACCUGAAGCUGGAAAACGAUGUCAGCCAGUUGAAGCAAACAUUGCAGGGGCAAAUGAACAGAACAUUUUUGUCUCAGGAGAAAUCACAGAUUCAGAAGGAUCUCUGGAGAAUUGAAGACGUUACCGCCGGCCUAAGUGCGAAUAAAGCGAACUUCAAAAUCCUGGUCGAGUCGAUCAAGAAUCCAGAGAGAAAAACGGUGCCUUCCAUCCCUCAGCCCUCAGUGCCUUGUCUCUCAGCUCCUCUCGCGUCCCAGGAGGACAAGCUCUGGGCCCAGCAGAGCCCUCCGACGAGCCCGGCCAGGGUCCCUCUGGAGACCAAGUUGUUCCCCCAGCUGCAGACCUACAUCCCCUAUCGGACUCACCCGCCCCAGCUGAGGAAAGUCGAAUCUCCCCUUCAGUCACCCACGAAGCUCAAGCCAAAGGUCGAAGACGAGGCCCCUCCCAGACCACCGCUCCCGGAGCUGUACAGCCCCGAGGACCAGCCCCCAGCCGUGCCGCCUCUGCCCCGGGAGGCCGCCGUCACCAGGCACCUGUCCGUGCGUGGCCUGAAGCGGCAGUCGGACGAGAGGAAGAGGGACCGUGAGCUGGGCCAGGCCGUGAAUGGAGACUACCGGAUGGAGCUACGUUCAUACAUGAGUGAGCCGGAGCUGGGAGCCGCGAGCGGGGACGCCGGCCAGCCCCCACUGGGCUUCGUGGGGUCUGAUGGUGGAUACCAGACGCUGCCCGGCAGAGGUCUCUCGGGAUCCACCUCCAGACUCCAGCAGUCAUCCACCAUCCCGUCCUACGUCACCCUUCGGAGGGGCUUAAAUGCGGAUAGCUCCAAGAGGCCUAAGAGCGCCCUAGAGCGCCUCUACUCUGGGGACCAUCAGAGGGGCAAGAUGAGUGCCGAGGAGCAGCUGGAGCGGAUGAAGCGCCACCAGAAGGCCUUGGUGCGGGAGCGGAAGAGGACCCUGAGCCAGGGAGAGAGGCAGAACAUCAUUGCCCCCUCACGCGGCCCACCCCGGCUCGGCCCCGCCGACAGCACCUCACAGUGGAAGCGAGAACAAGAAUUUGAUUUGCAAUUGCUUGAGAGGGCGAUGCGUGGAGAAGAAAAAGAUGAAAACGGCUGGCUGAAAAUCCAGACAUUUCCAGUGACAGAAAUGGACGUAGAACCCGAAGACUAUGACUUGGACAUCAGCAGAGAGCUGUCCAAACCUGAGAAGGUCUCCAUCCCAGAGAGGUACGUGGAUCUGGAGCCAGAGGAACCUCUCAGUAUGGAAGAAUUGGAGGCAAGAUACCGCAAAGCUGAGAAGAUACGGAGUCUCCUCACCCGAUCCAGGCACCCGCUGCCCUCCCCUACUGCCCUCACCGCCAGCCAGGACAGGCGGCACUCCGGGGAUCUGGAUUCCCAGCUGCAGGAGCAGGAGCGCAUUAUCACCAUCUCCUCUACCCUGGCAUCUGAGGCCUCACAGCGGAGCAAGCAGGUGGCAGCCAAAGCCGGCACUGAACACUGAGACCCGAAGCCGUCCACCACGGGCUUCAGACCCCCCGCUCCAACCAAGGAAAACCCAGAAGCCAAGGAGCAGCUCAGUGUCUGAACCACCCGCUGACCCAAGACCCAAGACCUGCACCACACGUGUUUCCGAAUGUUCCAGGCAAAGCGGUUUCGAUCCCCCCGGCCUAGCACCGACACUGCUUUUUUGAAACCAAAUCCAUUUCAUCACUUUGGUCUGGUGCUGAGGAGAUGGGAAGUAGUUCUGACAAUCUGGUUGAAUUUCAGCUGCCUCAACCAGAGGCCCCCAGGGCGGAUUUUGAAGGCUCGGGGAAGUCGUGGCACUGUGAAGUGGGGGAGACUGGAGCACGCAGGCACUAGAGCGUCAGAUGAAUUUGAGCGGGAAAAUUUCACUCAGGCAAAGCCUGAGCAUCACAGAAAGAAGAGCGGACAGUUUGUCGAGGAGCCUUCUGGAGGGGAAGAUUCCUAUGGAAAGCAGACAUCAGCCUUUGGCUUAAAUGCCAAGAGCCAGCUUGGGUUGAGCUGCACUUGGACCAGAGUUGGGGGGGCAUUCACUGCACAGAUGGGGAUGUGAAGAGACCCUUCUACACGGACCCUCCCUACCCAGCUUCCUGCUACUCCCCCCAGCCACCCCCACUGCUGCUUCGAUCGUCUCGAUCUCCCACUGGAAGCGAGGAAUUCAGUCUCCUUAGAAAAACGAAGAAUGGAAUCUGGAAAUGAAAGCAGGAACGGGAAAGCAGUUGACAGAACAGACCUGGAAGCAACAGAAUGGACACCUCGAAAGUUCCUGUCUCCCUUUUUAAUCAUCAAAAAAUAAAAAGCAAAAUGAGGUAGAUUUGUCACAUGUCUCCCAAAGGUACUCUGAAGUCCCACACCAGGGCAUUUGACUCAUCAGGCCUGGGUGUGAAUCCCGAUUUUGGCAGCAGACACCAGCAAAUAUUGGACAGAGUAGGGUCCCUUGGUGGGCGGAGUCUGCAGAGACCACCGUCAGAAGGCCCGUGGCCUCUGGACCCCCGUCCUGAGGGAGAAAACCACUCAAACACUUUCAGCAUCCCGGGUGAGACGGCUCACUUGUCUUUUGCUACCUUCAAAUAACGGUUAAGAAAUGGAUUCGUCUAUGAGUCUACUAAGAUGGUAAUUCAUAUUGUAUUUUGAUUACUCAGAUAAAAGAAAUAUUCUCAAGAAAUCUAUUUAGAAGAUGCAGUCUAUUUUUAACUAACUCUGUAUACUACCAGUGUCAACUUGGUUAUGUUUUUGCCAAAAUAAAAUGAUUUUAUUUUUUGCCUUUUUAAGAAAUUUUGUUGGGGGAAAGAAAAGGAAACCAAAAUGAGUAUUUUACAAGGAAACAUUAAUUUAAAUAAAAAUGUAAUGGUUUGCAAACUAUGUCUAUGUACAGAUUAAAGUAUUAACACGAUUCGC